UUCGAUUCUAGGCUGUUUGCAGACAGACGAAGCAGACAUCUUCUUCCUGAUCGACCACUCUGGAAGUAUUAAAGUUCAAGACUUUGCUGACAUGAAGAAGUUUAUUAACGAAUUCAUACCCACAUUCCACAUUGGGCAGCAUCAUGUCCGCAUGGGUGUGGUAAAGUACUCUAAUGAACCAGAUCUUGAGUUUGACUUGACAACCUACCUUGACCAACUUUCAGUGAAGAAUGCAGUGAAUGGUAUCAACCAACUUGGAGGCGGGACAAGGACCGGAUUAGCGCUGACCUCUAUGGGUCCCUACUUUGAUCGGGCUAAGGUCACCCGUAGUCACAAGGUCCGCGAGUACCUCAUUGUCAUCACGGACGGGGAGUCUCAAGACAACGUGAAGGAUGAAGCAGCAAAGCUGAGGGCGCAGGGCAUCACCAUAUAUGCAAUUGGGGUGAAUCAAGCCAACGAUACACAGCUGCUGGAGAUUGCUGGCAGCCAAGAGAAGAAGUUCUUUGUCAACAGCUUUGACGCACUGAAACCAAUAAAAAAUGAAAUCAUCACAGAUAUCUGCUCCCCUGAUAUUUGCAAGGACAUGCAGGGGGAUGUCCUCUUCUUGAUCGACAGCUCAGGGAGCAUCAACAACGAAGACUUCCAGAAGAUGAAGCUCUUCAUGCAAUCCAUCAUCAACAAAUCUGUGAUAGGCCUGGAUAAAGUGCGCGUGGGCAUCAUACAGUUCAGCAUCAACCAACAAGUGAUCUUCCCUCUCAACGAGCACAAUGAUAAGGAAGGCAUGUUGCAGGGUGUACAAACAAUGCAACAGUUAAAAGGGGGCACACACACCGGCGAAGCCCUGUCCUACACCUCGCAGUUCUUUGACCCACCGAAAGGGGGGCGCACUAACGUGAAGCAGUUCCUGAUUAUCGUAACCGAUGGUGAGGCGCAGGAUGAGGUAAAGGCUCCUGCCGAGAAACUUCAAGACAAGGGUGUGAUCAUCUACGCCAUUGGGGUGGUCAAUGCCAACAAUACACAGCUGCUGGAGAUCAGUGGCGCACACGAGAGAGUCUACUCCGAGAGGGACUUUGAUGCACUCAAGGCUUUGGAGAGGCAACUGGCAUUGGCAAUCUGUGAUCCGGAGAGAGAGUGUGUGAGGCCGGAGAUCGCAGACAUUAUUUUCUUGGUGGACGGCUCCACCAGCAUCAGCACAGAGAAUUUUGCCAUCAUGAAAAACUUCAUGAUGUCCGUGGUCAAUGAAACCUCUGUUGGGGAGAAGCAGACACGCUAUGGUCUGAUUGUCUUUUCAGACGACCCCAAGUCUAUAUUCACGCUCAACGAAUACAAAUCUAAGAGAGACGUCAAUAGGGCCAUCACAAAGCUUAUAGAGCCCAGUGGAAACACCUACACUGGCAAGGCUCUCAAGUAUUCCUUGGGUUAUUUUGGUGCACAGUACGGCGGGCGAAAGGCCCUAAAUGUCCCCCAGUGGCUGAUGGUGAUCACAGACGGUGAGGCUACUGACCCCGAAGACCUAGCUGGGCCAGCCAAGGAGCUACGGGACAAUAGUAUCAUAGUCUAUAGCAUCGGUGUGGUUGGAGCAAAUAAGACAGAGCUUGAGCUCAUGGCAGGGGACACGAAUAAGGUUUUCUUUGUGGAUGACUUCCAUAAACUAGACACACUGCACAAAAAUAUUUCCAAUGAAUUCUGCAACACCAGCAAACCAGUCUGUGAAAAAACGCAGGGGGAUCUGGUCUUGUUGAUUGACAGCUCAGGGAGCAUCAGCACCACCGACUUCACUAUCAUGAAGAAGUUUGCCUCAGACCUUGUUUCCAGCUUCAACAUUUCAGAGCAGUCGUUCCGGGUGGGAGUCGCCCAGUUCAGCAGUGAUCCGAAAAAGGAGUUCUUCUUGAAUGAGUAUUACACAGAAGCAGAGGUGAACAACCAGAUAAACAAGAUGAGUCAGAUUAAUUCCACGACGAACAUUGGAAAGGCCCUGGACUACGUCCGUACGGAGUACUUCCAACCAGCUAGAGGGAGCCGUAUCAAUGCCAAGGUCUCUCAGAACCUGGUUGUGAUCACGGACGGACGUUCAGAUGAUGUUGUUGUGCAUGCAGCAGAGGAACUCAGAGUCAUGAACAUUGAGGUGUUUGCCAUCGGUAUAGGGAAAGAUCACAAGCCUGUUGAGCUCGGGCAAAUCACUCUCAAUCCGGAAAGGGUCUUCUCUGUGCAGAACUUUGCCAGCCUGGACAAGAUCAAGAAGAAGGUGGUGGAUACUAUAUGCUCCAGUGUACAAAAUAUUGAUCCGAGCUGCACCAUAGACAUCGCCAUGGGGUUCGAUAUUACACGCAGGGCCACCGCCCAGCGGCUCUUCGAUGGCCAAGCCCAGCUACAGAACUUCCUGCCACAGAUCAUCCGCUAUGUGUCCAGCCUGAAGGGCCUGUGCUGCGUGGCGGGAGACGAUCCCAUUCAGACUAACAUUGGCUUCCGUGUGGUGGAGCAGAACGAAAAGGUUCUCUACGACUUCGCAUUCGAGAAGUACGACGAGAAGAUCGUGGAGAAGGUUAUGGCCCUGCAGACCUCCCAGACGACAUACUUCAACUCCUUCCUCCUGCGCUCCUUCCGCGAUAAGUUCCAGAAUUCCAAUGCUGGUGUGAAGGUGCUGGUGAUCUUCUCAGACGGACUCGAUGAUGAUGUGAUGAAACUUGAACAAGAGUCGGAACUUCUCCGCACUAAAGGAAAAGGUAUCAACGCCCUGCUUACAGUCGCCUUAGAAGGGGUCCAAAAUGCCAACCUUCUUCAGAUGGUGGAGUUUGGGCGAGGAUUUGGCUACAAGCAGCCACUCAACAUAGGCAUGCACAAUGUGGGAAACACCCUGUUGACACAAAUAGACACAGUGGCUGAGAGGGAGUGCUGUAAUGUGAUGUGUAAGUGCACCGGACAUGAAGGUAUCCGUGGCAACAGAGGAGGCCCAGGCACAAAGAGUCAGCCAGGACCAAAAGGACACCCUGGCUUCCCUGGCGAGGAGGGGGGAAUUGGCGAGAGAGGUCCACCAGGUCCCACUGGCCCACAGGGACUACAGGGCUGUCCUGGGAGGAGAGGCCUCAAGGGCUCAAGAGGCUACAGAGGGAACAGGGGUGAUGAUGGAGACCAUGGUCUUGAUGGGGUUGAUGGUGAACAGGGUCUGAUUGGAACAGCUGGAGCUGCAGGAGAGAGAGGAAACCCAGGAAGCCCAGGCAACAGCGGCCUCCUAGGAGAGCCAGGAGUGAAGGGGCAGCGUGGACUUAGAGGUGACCCUGGAGACUCUGGCGUGGACAGCAUUGUCGCGGGUCCCAAAGGAGGAAGGGGAAACACAGGGUUACCGGGAGACCCAGGAGAAGAGGGCCGUCGAGCAGAAAGUGGAAUCGUUGGAAACCCAGGCCCUCAAGGAAGAAGAGGUCUACCUGGUCCAAAGGGAACACCAGGUGAUCCAGGAGAUGUAGGACUCCCAGGAAUUCCUGGCCCUUCUGGACCACAGGGUAUAAGAGGAGACUUGGGCCAGCCCGGACCCAGGGGCCUGCAGGGUUUACCUGGACCUCAGGGGACACCUGGAACUAUUGGUGGUAAAGGAUCCAUAGGAAGGCGAGGGAUGAAUGGACAGAAGGGCCAACCUGGGGACCCCGGAGACAAAGGAGCCCUUGGAACACUUGGGCCCAGAGGGAUGCCGGGUCUUGAUGGCAGUGAUGGUCAUGGACCUCCCGGGCCCCAGGGAAUGAAGGGAGAGCCUGGUUUCCAUGGUUACCCUGGAUUACAGGGUGAAAAUGGUGAUUUUGGAGUCAAAGGAGGUCCAGGCCCCAAAGGAAACCAAGGCAGAGCGGGGAACUCGGGCAGACCGGGUGAGUCAGGAGACCCCGGAUCCAUUGGACCACUGGGACACACUGGCCCUAGAGGCAGACCAGGAGAGAGCGCAAUGUCUGAAUGCCAGCUGACCACCUAUAUCCGUGACAACUGUGCAUGCUCUCAAGGCCAGGCAGCAUGCCCAGCCUACCCCACAGAGCUGGUCUUUGCUCUGGAUAUGUCACAGGAUGUGCAGCCUGCCGCGUUCGAGAGGAUGCGCUCAGCUCUCCUCUCCCUAUUGGACGAUGUUGCCAUCGCCGAGAGCAACUGCCCGACGGGUGCACGUGUUGCCGUGGUAUCCUACAGUGCCAACACCAAGUACCUGAUCCGAUUCCAGGACUUCCAACACAAGUGGGAGUUGUUGGAGGCCAUCCGAAACAUCGCACUGGAACGAACGUCCAACCGGCGCCAUCUUGGGGCGGCCAUGCGCUUCGUGGGGCGCCAUGUCUUCAAGCGGAUCCGUAAAGCGUUGACGAUGAGGAAGGUGGCCGUGUUCUUCACCAACGGGCCCUCUGUGGACAGCGCUGCCAUUGUUACGGCCGCCAUGGAGUUCAAGGCCCUGAACAUCGCUCCUGCUGUCAUCGCCAUGAGGAACGCCCCCGAUGUUCAACGGGCUUUUGAGGCUGAUGACACGGGCAGCUUCAUCCUUGUUCGGCUGGUGGAUAGGUCACAGGACCAAAAUGCUGUGCUGACAAGAAUCAAAGAUUGCGUCAUCUGCUACGACCACUGUAAACCAGCCCAGGAGUGUGACUUUACUGAUGCUCAGCUGCCCCUGGUGGUGGAUAUGGACCUGACCCUGGUGGUGGACGGUUCAAGGGAGAUCCGGGCCGACCAGUACGCUGGUGUCCAGGAGCUUCUGGGCUCAGUGGUGAAGCAAGUAGCCUGGAGCCCCAAACCCGGCGUCGCUGACGGCCGUGCCAGGGUGGCACUUCUCCAGACCAGUGGCUCUCUGCUCCCCCAGACUUCCCUGACCCAAGCCAUCAAGGUAGAGUUUGACCUGCAGAAGUAUCACAACCACAUCAGUCUAGAGACACACCUGAGGAACAUGCAGCAGCAGGGAGGAGUGUCGUCUCUGGGGCAGACCCUGGAGUACGCUCUGACCGAGGUGUUCCUCAAGGCCACCAGGCCCAGGAAGAGUAGAGUGGUGCUGGCUGUGGUGGGGGCCGAGACAGCCGACUGGGACCAGGCCAAGCUGGCCUACAUUUCCCAGAAGGCCAAGUGUAAGGGCGUUUCCCUGUUUGUGAUCACGGUGGGCGACCAUUACAACAGCACCCAGGUGGAGGAGUUGGCGAGCACGCCGUCAGAGCAGCACCUGCUCCAUCUGUGGCACGUGAAGGAGUGGGAGAGAGGCUACGCACAACGCUUCUUCAGAGCCUUCCUCAGGGUCCUCAGCAAGGGAAUGAACAGCUACCCUCCUGCCCAUCUCAAACUCAAUUGUGAGCUGAUGGUGGGACAGGAACAAGGACAGGAACACGGACACGGACAGGGACAUGGACAGGGACACGGACAGGGACAGGGACAAGGACAGGCAGAGUGGGAGGUGGGGACAGAGGAUGAGGAGGAGGACAUGGAUACGAAGCAGGGGGAGUUCCUGGAGCACACAGGUGUAUUUCAGACUCAGACAGCUCUUGACCAGGUUGACCUUAUACAUGCCUUCUCCAGGGGAGAUGGAGCCACUUCACCCCCCCGGCCACAGCCAAACUCAAAUGAUCACGCAUCCCUCCUGAGGACAGAGGAAAGUACACUUCUUAACCAGGAUGCAUGUUUCCUCAAACAGGACGAGGGAGGUUGUCAGAACUACACUCUGAAGUGGUACUUUGACACGACACAGAGCGAGUGCUCCCGUUUCUGGUAUGGCGGCUGUGGCGGCAACGGUAACCGCUUCGAGACGCAGGAGGCUUGCGAAGGCCUCUGUCUGAGGAGACAGCGUUAAAAGGCACAACUCCACACAUCUAAAACCCUGAAUAGAGCUGAAGAUCAACAGCUACCAAACCAACUCAAGCACCACUCCGAUCAUAGCAAGGGUUCUUAAUAAUCCCACUAUGAAAGGCAAUGCACUGUUCACUUCUGGAGCUUGGAUGUGAACCGUAGCUGUAAAUUCAGGUUGUAUGUCAUCCGCUCAGUGUCUGUUUCCUCUAACUUGACCAUUUGGUGCUAAGUGUUGAAAAUAAAACUGCACAAAUUCCUUAGCGGUCAGUUUAUUUUUGAUGCUCUUAUAUUUCCUUAUUUCUUUUUAAAAAACUGCCUAUUGGGUCUAGGGGCUUCAGCCCCAGUAAGCCCAUGCAUUAAUCCUGCCAUGAAUGGAUAUGUGUGUUUUGUUUUGAUAUACAAAUAAAACUUGUGACAGCUUUGA